CUGGUAAUUUUAUAUUUCUGAUUCAAGAAAAAUAAUGAUUGACAGCAUCCUCAAGAAAUGAAAACAACUUCCAAGCAGCAGUUACAUGAACAUAGGUUUCCAAAAACCAAGAGCAAAAGCAAUUACUAUGAAGUAUGCUCAGUGUAUAAAAAGAGUACCGUUUAAAGAUUCAGCAUUUAGUUUCUUGUCUUAACUCAACAAGAUGAGAGUUGCUUGCUUCUUAGCUCUGUUGAUCGUAAAUGUAGAUGGUUGGCUAUUCGGUGGAGAUAACCGUGGUGCCAGUGGUGGUCUUGGUGCGUCAGUGGACUUACCUAUUUUAGGACCUGUUGGCGCUUCCAUUGGCGGUUCUCUCGGCGGUAAUGGUGGUGGUCACGGUCAUGGAUGCACAUGCGCCGGUCCAGGUGUUGGUGGAAACGGUGGUCUUGGUGGUGGACUCGGCGGAGGCGGAGGUGGAGGUGGAGGCGGAGGCGGAGGACACGGUGGAAAUGGUGGUGGUAGUAUCGGUGAAAAUGGUGGAUUAGGUGCCUCUUUGGGUGGUCUUCUUGGUGGAAACGGCGGCGGUAACGGUGGUCUCGGCGCCUCUUUGGGCGGUCUUCUUGGUGGAAAUGGUGGUCUCGGUGCCUCUUUAGGUGGUCUUCUUGGUGGAAACGGUGGUCUCGGUGCCUCUUUAGGUGGUCUUCUUGGUGGAAACGGCGGUCUCGGGGCCUCUUUAGGUGGUCUUCUUGGUGGAAACGGUGGUCUCGGCGCCUCUUUGGGCGGUCUUCUUGGUGGAAAUGGUGGUCUUGGCGCCUCUUUAGGCGGUCUUCUUGGUGGAAAUGGUGGUCUCGGUGCCUCUUUAGGCGGUCUUCUUGGUGGCAAUGGUGGCGGUAACACCGGUGGAAACGGUGGCCUCGGUGGAAUUGUUGCCUCUUUGGGCGGUCUUCUUGGUGGAAAUGGUGGCGGUAACGGUAGACUUUCUAUCGGCGGUAAUGGGGGUGGUCAUGGUGGAGCCAAUACUGGUGGAAACGGCGCGAUUAACGUUGACCUGACUCAUGGCGGAAACGGCGGUUCUUCAGUUGGUGGUAACGGCGGUGCUCAUGGAAACGGCGGCAUCAUUGACCUGACUCAUGGCGGAAGCGGUGCUGCUGGUUCAGGUGUUGGUGGAAACGGCGGUGCUUCUGGUGGAGGAAGCGGCACUAUUAACGUUGACCUUACGCAUGGCGGUAACGGUGGUGCUUCUAGUGUUGGUGGAAAUGGCGGUGGUUCUGGUGGAGGAAGCGGCACUAUUAACGUCGACCUUACGCAUGGCGGUAACGGUGGUGCUUCAGGUGGUGGAAAUGGCGGUGGUUCUGGUGGAGGAAGCGGCACCAUCAACGUCGACCUUACUCAUGGCGGUAACGGUGGCGCUUCAGGUGGUGGAAAUGGCGGUGCUUCUGGUGGAGGAAGCGGCACUAUCAAUGUCGACCUUACUCAUGGCGGUAACGGUGGUGCUUCAGGUGGUGGAAAUGGCGGUGGUUCUGGUGGAGGAAGCGGCUCUAUCAACGUCGACCUUACGCAUGGCGGAAACGGUGGUGCUUCAGCAAAUGGAAACGGUGGAGGUUCUGGAGGUGGCUGGUUCAGUGGUGGUCUUGGUGCUUCCGUGGAUCUCCCAAUUAUUGGACCAAUUGGUGCUAACAUCGGUGGCAACGUUGGUGGUAACGGCGGUGCAUCUGGUGGAGCUUCCGGGGGUGCUUCUGCUGGUGGAAACGGUGGACUCGGUGGAGGACUCGGUGCUUCCGUAGAUCUCCCACUCCUUGGACCAAUUGGUGCCAACAUUGGUGGCAACAUCGGUGGUAACGGCGGUGCUUCCGGUGGUGCUUCUGGGGGUGGAAAUGGUGGAAUCGGUGGUGGUCUCGGUGCUUCCGUUGAUCUCCCACUUAUUGGGCCAAUUGGUGCCAACAUUGGUGCCAACGUCGGUGGUAACGGCGGUGGUUCUAGCGGUGGUUCCGGAGGUGGAUUCAGAUGGAACAACAAAAGACUCCAAGCUGCCCUUGCUGACGAAUUGGACAGUUCUAUUGAAGAUCUAUUUCAUUAAACAGCCAGUCGACUUCUUCAACGGAUACGGAAAACAAUUCUUGCCAAACUGAUGCAAAAUAUUUGCUGGCGUUUUUCUCUUGCUUUGCAGUUAUUUAAAUAUUUGGACAAGAAAUAAAAUUAAUGCAUAAAACAUAC